AUCUACUUCUUAAUCCAGACGCCGACGGAGUGUAGGACAAAUAAAAGUUGAAUAAAGAGUGAAUUAUUAUUAAAUAAAAGUCGACAACAAAUGGCUGAUUCGGAUGAUGAAUACGAUCGGAAGCGUCGGGAUAAAUUUCGCGGCGAACGGGACAGCUACCGUCCAGAGCGGCGGGACGAGCGCCGACCCAUGGGCGGAGCUGCUAAUUCCCGUGACGAAUGGUCUGAGCGCAAUCCAUUUCGAGGCAGUUCGGCAGCAGGCGGCGCUGGUGGCGGCGGCGGUGCACGUCAUCGCCCAGAUUACAGCGACUAUCGAGGCUCGGGGCCACGUCCGCGUUACGGCUCGCCGGGGCGAGAGAUGCCGCCAGCGAAACGUAUGCGACCCGACUGGGGUGACAGUGAAAUGAGAUCCAAUCCGCGUUUUGGCUACGAUCCGUACCUCGUGCAGGCCUGGAACGAUCAUUAUCAAUCGUUGCACUCAGCAUACUCCCAUGGCGGCCACGGCUCGUCUGCCCGGGAAACAGCGCCUGCUGGAGGCGGAGGUGGUGUCAGUGGGGAUACACAAACGCAACCUGCAAUGCUAACGUUGAAACAAUUUCUGGACACUCAAGACGAGAAUAUAUCCGACUCGGAAGUGAUGCGGAAAUACACCGAGUACAAGACGGACUUUAAAAGACAGCAGCUAAACGAAUUCUUUGUGGCACACAAGGACGAGGAGUGGUUCAAAAACAAAUAUCAUCCAGAAGACAGCGUGAGACGGAGCGAUGAACAGCGAGGCUUUCUAAAGAGGCGAACAGACGUAUUUUUGGAGCUACUGGAGAAUGGCACCAUUGGCAGUGUGAAGGUUGAUUCAUCGCAGGCUGAUGCUUUGGUGCGUGUAUUGGACACUUGUGUGAUUAAACUGGAGGGCGGCACCGAUGAAGAUCUUAAGAUACUUGACGAGAAACCCAAAGAACCGCCUGUGGUUUACGACCGCAAGUCGGAAACAACUGAAUCAACUGCCGUAGCAAAACGAGAACCUGAGAGUCCAAUGCAGACAAAAGCCGAGAAAGAUAAUGAGGAUUUGCCGGAGGCUGUAUCGCCGCAGCAAAAGAAUUUACGGCCCGUUAACUUCGAUGAAGAAAACUGGGAUGAAGAUGAACCGAUGGCAGUGCAGUCUGAGACAGGCAAAAGCAGCGAAAAGCAAUCAGAAGUGACUACUGAGAAACCAGCUAAUGCGCCAGAGGAUGUUGAAUCAGUUAAAAGUGACGGCGAUAAGAAGCUAAAGAAAAAGAAAAUCAAGAAACGAAAGCGGAAUAGCAGCGACGAUGACAGCUCGUCUUCAUCUAGCUUCGACUCAGACACGGAAUCAGAUGAUGAGAAGGUGAAAGCGAAAUACGAUGUUGAAGAGGGGCUGCGCGCCGAUCAAAAAGCGGAGGCACAAAAAGAUAAAGAGGAGGCAGUCAUAUUAGCUAAAGCCAAACAGCUGCCACCCGAAGAAAGUCCCCAGGCAGAAGGCGAAGUUGGCCCUAAGGAGACGGUGGAAAUCAAAAGUGAAGUCGGCGAGGAACCGAAGGAAGAUAAAACUGAUCAUCCAGUAGAGCAAACGGAGCAGCGAACGACUGACAAGCCAGCAGAAAAGAAUGGCGAAGAGGAGGGUGAGAAAAUAGAAGACAAUUCCGAGGCAGACACUGCAGCGCCAGCAGCAAAUGAGGUGACUGAGACAAUUGAUUUGGACAAGCUCAAAGAUGGGCCACAUCCACGAGCCUUGCACCGCACCUCGUCUAUAUUUCUGCGUAAUUUGGCGCCGUCAAUCACCAAGGCAGAGAUCGAAGCCAUUUGCACCCGCUUCAGUGGCUAUCUGCGCGUAGCUAUUGCCGAUCCUCUUGUCGAGCGACGCUGGUAUCGCCGCGGAUGGAUCACGUUUACGCGCGACGUCAAUAUCAAAGAGAUCUGCUGGAGCCUGAACAAUCAACGUUUGCGCGACUGCGAAAUGGGCGCCAUUGUGAAUCGGGAUUUGAGCAGACGAGUUCGUCCUGCCAAUGGAAUCACAGCGCAUAAGCAGAUUGUGCGAGCUGACAUUAAACUGUGCGCUAAGAUUGCGAUGAAUUUGGAUGAUCGAUUUAAGCUGUGGUGCGAGUCGGUUCGUGCACAGGAAACAGAUGCGGAGAGCAAUCCAGGCCAGGAAGCAACGAAUGGCAGCGGCGAAAGUAACUCAACAACCUAUGGCUUCAAUUCCAAGAAUCCUGUCCUUCAGAACAUAACCGAUUACCUCAUCGAAGAAGCCUCAGCCGAGGAAGAGGAACUGCUCGGCCUGGCCGGCGACAAUAAGGAUGGCGAAGGCGAACCCAUUGAUCGGGACGAGUCGCUAAUCUCAGUUCUCGAUCGACUUGUGCUUUAUUUACGCAUUGUGCACUCGGUGGACUACUACAAUCACUGCGAGUAUCCAUACGAGGAUGAAAUGCCUAAUCGGUGUGGUAUUAUACAUGCCCGUGGACCAGCUCCUAUGCGUGUCACUAACAAUGAUGUCCAAGAAUACAUCAAAGCUUACGAUGGGAAGCUGCAGCAGUUCUUGACCAAGAGCGUGCAACUCAGCGAUGAUGAGAUUAAGGAGCUGGGCGCCAAGAAUCCCGAAACCGAGGUGGAAAAAUUCGUUCAAGCCAACACACAAGAACUGGCCAAGGACAAAUGGUUGUGUCCGCUGUCAGGCAAGAAAUUCAAGGGUCCUGAGUUCAUACGCAAACAUAUUUUCAACAAGCACGAAGAGAAGGUCGACGAGGUGCGCAAGGAGGUGCAGUAUUUUAACAACUAUUUACGCGAUCCCAAACGGCCGCAGCUGCCGGAACAUCCAGGCAGCUCCAAGCGCACAGAAUCCGAGUCUGGACGUGGCUCAGGCGGUUAUCGGCCGCCUAUGUAUCCGCCAUUCUCUGCUAUGCCUUAUGGAUUUGCACCGCCCAUGAUGGGCGGCGGUGGAGGACGGGGUGGACGCAAUUUUCCGCCAGUGCGCAGAGAAUUGCCCUUGGAACACCAACGCCGGCUUAUCGGUUACCAUGAUUUGGAUGCGCCCGUUAAUUCCGAUAUGUUUGACUAA